UCUAUUGGUGGAAGAUCUUUUUAAUGAAAUACUUUUCAACUUGAGCAUCUGUCAACACUCUGUACCGAAUACAUCUCCGCACCUCAUUCACCCAGUCAACAAAUAAGGCGUCAAAGACAACGACACUUACAAUAUACUUAACCAAUAUUCUCAAGAAUGUUUUCAAAGAUUUAGAAUCAACAUCCAUUGGAUUAGCCACAAAUAAAAACGUCCAGUUAAAAAAGUUUUGGAAUAAACACUCUUGGAUUACUUUUGAAAAGUUGAAUGAUCUGCUCAGAAUGAAUGUUUUGAGUUGAUAUUUUUUGUGUGUUUUGUAUUUUAAAGUAAACCAAAAUGGUUGAUUUUGGAGCAGCGCAAUACGGAGACAAUACAAAACGGUUUACAGUUAGUCAUUUGUUGGAUUUGCCGAGAAAUGGUUGUUGUUUUAUGCAGGAUCAACCUCAACCUCUUCCUCAACAAUUAGAUAUUGAGGAUGGUGACAGGACAGAAGAUGAAUCUGGAGAAGGUGAAAAUCACAGAAAAAAACCAAGAAGAAAUCGAACGACUUUUACAACUCAUCAACUAAAUGCUUUAGAAAAGAUUUUUGAAAGGACUCAUUACCCUGAUGCAUUUGUUAGGGAAGAAUUAGCUAGAAAAGUUAAUCUUAGUGAAGCAAGAGUACAGGUUUGGUUCCAGAACAGAAGAGCAAAAUUUCGAAGAAAUGAACGAACAAUUUUAGCUCAACGAAAUCAGCUCCGUCCUCCAAUUCCAUGUACUGAACAACCAGUAGUUCCAAGACCAACAACACUUCUACCAUGGAAACCCCCUCACACUUACUGCGGCAAUACAUCCGCGGGGCCUCCGCUACACUAUGGGAUGCCGAACUUUCAUUUGCGAUCUCAUGAUUAUGCACCACAUCAUUAUGGUGCACCACCUUAAUUUAUGUUUUAAAAAUAAGUAGUACCUGUUAUAUAAAGACAUACAGUUUUGAAACAUAAGUUAGUUUAUAUUGAGACAUUGCGAAUGUAUGGUAAAAUGUUUUAUAAUUCACAUCAUUAUGGAAAACCACCUUAACUUCUAUACAUAAAAAAGGAAACUUUUGAGGCAGAAAUUAAUUUAUUUACAAAAGCAUUGUAUUUAAAGAGCUUAGUGUAUGAAGGUUUUAAGUGACAUUCUUGAGAAAUUGAGAUUUUUCAGGGAAAGAUUCCAUUUUAAUCUUAUUUAACUAUAAUUUAAUCAAUCUUAUUAAGUAAUCUUAUUUAAAUAUAAACAUUAAUUUAUUUUGCCAAGUAAUUUAAAUUUUUAAAUUUGAAACAUAAGUUAGUUCAUUUUGAGUUUUUACCGGAUAUGAUGAUAAGAAAUUUCAUGAUUCACGGCAUGAUCGGGAACCAACUUAACUUUAUAUUCAAAAUAAGAACUUUAUAGAAUGGAAAAUUUCUGGGCAGAAAUCAAUUUAUUAAAAACAAAAAUAAAAAAAAAAUAAAACAUUUGAUUGAAAGCGCAUAGUGGAUGAAGGUUUUAAGUGACGUUUUUGAGAAAUUUAUUAGGAUCGGAUCCUAUUUUAAACCAUACAACAGUAUUUUAUUUUGCCAAGUUUUUAAAUGUGCAUUUUCAUAAGUUAGUCUAUUUUGAGACAUUACCGGAUAUGAUAAUGAAAAAUUUAAUGAUAAGAAAUAAUGCUUAGAAACAAACUUAACUUUCUGUUGAAAAUAAGAGUUGUUAUACAGGAAGGAAAAUUUUGAGGCAGAAAUCAAUUUAUUUACGAAAAAGAGUUUAGUGGACGAUGGUUCUGACAUUUUUGAGAAAUUGGGAUUUUUCAGAGAAAGAUCAUGUUUCAAUCUUAUUCAACCAAUAUAAAUAUUAAUUUAUUUUACCACGUUUUUAAAUUCCGCAGAUCUCAGUGGAAGAAUAUACUAAAUGACAAUAUUUCACUGUAAUAAAAUCUCAAGUAUUGACAACAAAUUGGGAAAAUAAUUUAAUCUUCUGGCAGCAAAUUGGAAUCAUAAAUGUACGAAGGCUACGUGGCGAACAGUUUAAUAAAUUAGGGAUUUAUAGAUUUCGCCAAUUGAAAAAGCUUUUGGACAAGAAAUAAAGGCUAGAUUUAGUCUUUGUAUUAUAUUGUCAACCUAUAAACGGUAAAAUAAAUUAACUCAAAUUCACUUAAAUAUCACUUGAAACCUUUAGGUACUCAACUUUUCAUUUAUGAGGCAUAAUGUUUAUAUUGUUCGAAAAAUAUCAACCGUAAAAUUUAGUGUCAUAUUUAGUAAAAGUAUAUCUUAUUAAAAAGGUAAACGUUUUCGCUGCAAAGUGUCCAAAAUAGGAUUUUCUUUUGCAUUGUCUUUUCCAUGAUUUUUGAGAAGCUUCUAAAAAAAUAUCAAUUUUUUUCCUAUUCUGCACUUAAAUUUAUAACAGAAUUUCUCAAUUUUCUUAAAAAACUUAACAUUUCUAAUUCAUGAAGAAAAAACAAAUGUAUUUUUUUCAAAAUCUCGAUACUUGAUCAACUACUGAAUUUUCAAAAAAUAUUUUCGCACAGAAAAAAAUUGGUGAAAAAACUCAAUUUCUAAAGGAGGAAAUGGAAAAAAAACCGAUAACUAAAGUCUAUUUUUAUACAAUUUUGAUAAAAACUGAAGUCAUAUGAAAAAAUAAAAAUUUAAAACCUUUAUAGAAAACGG